AUGCAGAUUUCUGAAAAUGUUAGACCUACUAAUGAAGCAGGAGCUUUGAGAUACUGGUGUCAUGUAUGUCAGAUGAAUGUAUCUGUAAGAGAACCAGAAAAUUCAGAUGGCGAGCUUAUGUGCAAUGAAUGUGGAAGUUGUGGGUUUGUGGAAAUAAUCACAGAUAAUAAUAAUCCUACUGAAACACAGUCAGCCUCUCAAUCCCAGUGGGUUAAUAUAAUGACACUUCCACGUGUAUCAGAUAAUACUGUAAAUAAUCCAUUGUUUAGGAUGUUAACUGAGAUUGCAGACUCUUUAGGACAGACACAAGUUACAACUCAAGUAAGAUCUGAUACUAUGGCAAUUCAACAACUGAAUACUCAACCUCGUAAUAUGUUUGUAUCUGGGCCUAAUAAUGAAGAUGUAGACUCAUCUGGUAGUGCAACACUAAUUUUGGGUCCAAAUGGAGAAGUUAGGGAAAUUUCUAUUUCUGAUAUUUUGACUGGAAAUGCAUUUUCUCAAAUUGUGGAGAGUAUGGAAAAUGCUCUUGUUACUGCAUUGAGUACAAAUAAUGUGAGUAAUCAUUUUGGAAAUCCUCCUGCAUCAGCUGAAGAGGUAGCUAAAUUACCACGUGAAGUUUUAUCAGAAUCUAAUAUUGAGCAAACAAAAGGUGGAGGCCCCUGCGCUAUAUGCCAUGAAGAAUACAAUAUUGGCGAUACAGUUUUGAGACUUUCUACAGAUGUAGAUGAAUGUCCACACAUUUUUCAUGUUAAUUGUUUGCUACCUUGGCUACAACAACAUAACUCAUGUCCAGUAUGUAGAUUUGAAUUACCAACGGAUGAUGCAUACUAUGAAGAACGUAGACGAUCAUUACAAAGUCGGAGAGAUUUUCAUACUGGUAAUAGUGCUCCUCAAACUUCUACUUAUAUAUCAGAAUCUAGAAUAAAUACAACUCAAGAAAUAGAUAACAAUGGAAGUAGGAGUAACAUUACACCAAUGGAAGGUAUGGAAUAUAAUCAGCAGCAAACAAAUAGUUCUAGGGGAAAUGAAGAGAAUUUAAAUGUUGAAUUGACAAAUUCAGUAUUAAGUCCAAAUGGUAUGGAUAACACAAGCAGAAGUGAACAGUUAGCAGGUCAAACAAUAGCAGCAAUAAGUAACACAAGUACAAUAUCAGUACCUUCAACAGAUAGUGAUAAUAUACAAAGAAGGAAUUCAGAGACUAGGGGAUAUGAGGAUACGAGAAUAUUAACCGAAGAUUCAAUAAAUAAUUCUGAAGGAACUACUGUUAACUUUGUAGAUCUUAGUAAUACAAUUGCAGAUAUAUUUAGUCCUAUGACAGAUCAAUUUCCUAUAAUGGCAAAUUCUAUAGCUUCAACAGUUCAAACUCUUACUGUGGGAAAUUAUGGUAGUAUAGAGAGAACUACUGAGGGCAGUAAUUUGGAAGGAUCUAUUGAAGCAACUCAAAGUUUGCAGCAAUCUGUUGUGAAUACAAACACUAAUGCAAGCAAUUUUACUACAAAUGAUCUUAACUCUGAAUUUACAACUGUAGAGCCUCUUCCUAGAACAUCUGGUUCUUGCUAUCUAAUGUAA